AUGAGUGGAGAAAAGGCUUUGCGAAUAACCCGUCGAAUCUCACUUGAUAAAUGUUUCAUGGUGCAAGCACAAGGUCAUGCAGAAGGACUGUGGUGUAUGUGGAACUCUAGUAUUUGGCAGAUUAACGUUCUUGAACACUCCACUCAAUUUAUUCACCUUAAGAUUCAAGAGAAUGUUUCUCCUUGGUACUGCACCAUGGUUUAUGCAAGCCCUCAUAGUCAAGGGCGCAUAGCACUCUGGAGAGAUCUCAUCCGCCUUGCGAAUCUUGUUGAUGGCCCAUGGAUGUUGAUGGGGGACUUUAAUGCAGUUCUUUUUAACCAUGAAAGAUCAAGAGGCAGGGGUACAUCAGUUCUUAGAGGAGAUAAUGCAUUCCGUAAUUGCAUAAACCAAUGUCAACUUGUUGAUUUAGGUUUUAAUGGUGCUCCUUUUACAUGGCGUCGAGGUAACCUGUUUGAGCGAUUAGAUAGAGCGUUAGCUUCCUAUGAUUGGCGAGUUCUAUUCCCUGAGGCAUUGAUAUCAUAUUUCAACCCUUUAAAGUCUGACCACUGCCCAAUUCUCCUAAGAUUAAGACCAGACCAACCAAUGCGGCAUUCUAGGAGACCUUUUCGUUUUGAGGCAGCAUGGUUAACCCAUGAAGAUUUCCCCAACAUAAUUCAGAAUGGUUGGAAUGCUAAAGAUAACUGGAUACAGCGGAUUGGUCAUACGAAGAAAAUCUUAAUGGAUUGGAAUAAAUCCUCCUUUGGGAACGUAUUCUAUGCAAAACAAAGACUUCUUAGACGUUUAAAUGGAAUUGCGCGAGAGCUUUUUCUUGGUCCCAAUCAUUUUUUUGGAGAAACUCUAGUUCAAGCUAUGGUCUGA